CUGAAUCCGUUCCUCAUCUCGUAGGCGGGAAAAGAAAGGGAAAGCCCUCGCUCCCUUCCUGGAGUUUGGACUCUAUUUCGAAGGCCCCUCCCUUUUUUCCCCGAGCUCCUCCCCCAGCUCCCCCGCCGUCGCCUCUCCGCCAUGGGUAUAAGAGGUUUGACGAAGCUUCUCGCGGACAACGCUCCGAAGGCCAUGAAGGAACAAAAGUUCGAGAGCUAUUUCGGUCGGAAGAUCGCCAUCGACGCCAGCAUGAGCAUCUACCAGUUCCUCAUUGUUGUGGGAAGGACGGGGAUGGAAACGCUCACCAACGAGGCCGGUGAAGUCACAAGUCACUUGCAAGGAAUGUUCAACCGGACAAUAAGAUUGCUGGAGGCUGGAAUGAAGCCAGUAUAUGUUUUUGAUGGUCAGCCACCAGAUCUGAAGAAACAAGAGCUUGCAAAGAGGUUCUCGAGAAGGGAGGAUGCCACCAAGGAUUUGAGUACAGCAAUAGAGGCUGGUGAUAAGGAGAGUAUUGAAAAGUUCAGCAAAAGGACUGUGAAGGUUACAAAGCAGCACAAUGAAGACUGUAAACGACUUCUAAGAUUGAUGGGUGUCCCUGUAAUUGAGGCACCUUCUGAAGCAGAAGCGGAGUGUGCAGAACUUUGUAAAAGUGAUAAGGUAUAUGCUGUGGCCUCAGAGGAUAUGGAUUCGCUAACUUUUGGGGCCCCUAGGUUUCUUCGCCACUUAAUGGAUCCGAGCUCCAAAAAAAUCCCUGUCAUGGAAUAUGAAGUCUCAAAGGUACUAGAGGAACUAGAACUCACCAUGGACCAAUUCAUCGACUUGUGCAUUCUUAGUGGAUGUGACUACUGUGAUAGUAUUAAAGGUAUUGGGGGCCAAACAGCUUUGAAGCUUAUCCGUCAGCAUGGUUGUAUAGAAAAUAUGUUGGAGAACAUAAACAAAGAAAGGUAUCAAAUACCUGAGGACUGGCCAUAUCAAGAAGCUCGACACUUGUUUAAAGAACCUAUUGUGUCUAAAGAAUUUUCAGAGCUCAAAUGGACUGCUCCAGAUGAGGAGGGUCUUGUGGACUUUUUGGUGAAAGAAAAUGGUUUCAACCAUGAUCGAGUAAUAAAGGCAAUAGAAAAGAUUAAAGCAGCAAAGAAUAAAUCCUCCCAGGGGCGACUGGAAUCCUUUUUUAAGCCAGUUGUGAGUGCAUCUGUGCCUCUUAAACGGAAGCACAUCCAAAUAAGUCAUCAUUAUGUGCAUCUUUGAUCCUAGACAAACCUACCAGGCUUAAGUAGCUUUCUGAGAAUGUAUGCAUGAAGCACCAGACAAGGAAGUGAAGGAAGCUACAGGCAAGAAGUCUAAGACUGGAGGUAGGAAGAAGAAAUAGUUUGAAGUGCAAUCAUGUGAGGAGAAUAGCAAGUUCCACUUUGGGCAGAUUAAAAAAACAGUGUAUUUGCCUCACUAUGUCCUUGCGCACCACAAAAUAAUUGAGUUCUCUUCAUGGUGUGAUGUGACCAAAUGUAGAGUUUUGGAUGGUCUUGCUGUUCUUGAUUAGAAACUGAGACUAGUUUCGAGGUAUCUGUGUAAUGAUAAAAUCAUAGGGGAUCCGGCAUUGGCUCAUAUUUCUUUGCUAACCUUGUCAUUUUAAGAGUUACGAGUUGCACCUGUCUUUUGAGUUCUUUGGUUGUCAUAGUUUCUGCCUCUAAUAAAUUAUCAUGUAUGUUGAUGAGUUUUGGAAAGGAAAGAGUUUGCCG